UAAAUAUAAAAUAAUAUAUGGUGUAAAUUAUCCAAAUAUUUCCUAUUUUUCAUGGUGUAGUUUUCCUCUUUUGGUGAUUAAAGAAAGAGAAGGUUCCAUGGAUACAAGAGAGAGAAGUCUUAGAAUAGCAAUGUUACCAUGGCUAGCUCAUGGUCACAUAGCUCCUUUUAUAGAGCUAGCCAAAGCACUUUCCAAGAGAAAUUUCUACAUAUACAUAUGUUCCACACUAGUCAAUAUCAAUUCAUUCAAACAAACAAUAUCUGAAAAAGAUUCAAUUUUAAUAAAGAUAGUGGAAAUUCACCUUCCAAAUUUGCCAGACCUUCCUCCUCACUAUCACACUACCAAUGGCCUCCCACCCCAUCUCAUGUCCACUCUAAAAAAUGCCAUGGACAUGGCCCAACCUAGCUUUUUCCAUAUCCUUAGUACUUUGAAACCAGAUUUAGUUGUGUAUGAUUUUCUUCAGCCAUGGGUUCCAACUAUGGCUGCUUCACUGAAUAUACCCUCCGUAUUGUUCCUCACCCCUGGUGCAGCAGCUAGUUCUUAUCAUUCUCAUAUUGGUAGAAAGAAACCUGUUUCUGAAUACCCUUUUCCAUCCAUUUACCUAAGAGAUUAUGAGUACAAUAGGAAUAGACAAAUGUUUGAACCAACAGAAGAUGAUGAUGAUGGAUUUACUGAUACACAGAGAAAAGUCAAUGCAUGCACAGAUGAAUCAUCUGAAAUCAUCUUGAUCAAGUCAAUCAGAGAACUAGAAGGAAAAUACAUUGAUUUUCUCUCAAAUUUAAACAAUAAGAGGUAUGUUCCAGUUGGACCUCUUGUUAGAGUAGCAGACACAGAUAAUGAGCAUUCAGAGAUCACCGAGUGGUUAAACAGCAAAGAAAGAUGCUCCACAGUUUUUGCUUCAUUUGGUAGUGAAUAUUUCCUAUCCAAGGAGGAAAUGGAAGAACUGUCUUUUGGUCUAGAGCUUAGCAAGGUGAAUUUCUUGUGGGUGAUUAGAUUCCCAGUUGGACAAAAAAUCAGCCUCGAAGCAGCUCUUCCAAAGGGUUUCCUUGAAAGAGUUGGGAGCAGAGGAAAAGUAGUACUAGGAUGGGCACCACAACUAAGUAUAUUAGGACAUUCAAGUAUAGGAGGAUUUGUGAGUCAUUGUGGAUGGAGUUCAGUAAUGGAAGUGCUUAAACUUGGAGUUCCAAUUAUAGCCAUGCCAAUGCAUCUUGAUCAGCCAUUAAAUGCAAAGUUGAUAGUAGAUGCAGGGGUAGGAGAAGAGGCUGUUAGGGACAAAGAUGGAAACAUUGACAGACAUGAAGUGGCAAAGAUUAUAAGGAAAGUGGUGGCAGAGAGAAGUGGGAGAAGGUUGAGAAAAAAAGCAAGAGAGCUCAGUGACAUAUUGACGAAUAAUGGAGAGAACGAAAUAGAUGAAGUUGUGGAAGAGUUGUUGAACCUGUGUCUUGACACUAGAACUAUAGUGUAAAUAAGUAUUUCUUGAAGUAGUUGUCAGGUAUUUGCCAUCAUUUUGCUCUGUUUUACUUGUUGACAAAGUAUUACUUGUAUCUAUAUAUAUAUUCCUCUUUCAUUGAGACGAAUAAAAGUACCUCUUUCAUUGAGACGAA